CUCCCUCCAAUCGGUGACGGAUAUCACUGCAUGCCCCAACGGUCCAACUGCUCAGGUCACACGCCCAACGUCCUACCGCAUCCACUCCUUCACUGGAGCCGGAUCUCCUCCCACCGCCACCGCAAGCACCGUUCGCUUCUCCCAUCCAGUAGUCGACGCGCAGCUAUCAGCCCCCCGCCCCACGACCACCGAAUCGGCCAUGCUGGAGGAUGAUACUCCGUUCAACUUCAAGCCAAGCAAUCACGACUCUGCCACUUCCAAUCUCUCCAUCCCAGAGACCAUCGAAUUUCCGGGCGACAUCAGCGAGAAGCCGGCACCGCUCUGCCCAAAGAGCAUGUGGCGCUGGACAAGCCAGUCUGCGACUGCCCGCGGAGCGCGCGAGACGUACGAUGAGUUCAAGAGCCGUCUCGACGGGCACAGGCGUCAGGGUGAUACUUCGAGCUUCAGCAAGCGAGCACCAAGCCUACAAUUCCUUGCGCGACUGCCGACCAUCAAGCUCAAUUUUGACGAGGAUGACGAGCAAACCACCGCGCCGGCCAACUACGCAAGCGAGAUCAGCAAUCAUCGCUGCCAAGCUUUGAACGCUCUCGAGGGUGGUGUUGCAUCGCAGACUGUUCGAUUCACGGACGCUGACCUUCCCACCAGCUUGAUUCCCGGCGGCAUCAAGCAGGCCACCGACAGGGAGUCAUCGACAGGCUACAAGCCAUACCGCUCCAGCGACGUCUCACAUCUGAUCGUUCCCGACACUGUCCCGACGUUCACGCGCAAGAUGAGGAACAAGAAGCAGCCUGUUGACCUGAUCGGUCCGUUCGACGAGGACUUCAACAAGCGCCACAGUCAGAAUUACUGUGACGUGGAGUCCGGCGUCUUCAACGAGGCUGUGAUCGGUAAAGCGACCGGCGGGGCGUCCAUGGAUGGCAACACAGGAAGCCGUUCAUCCCUCCUACCUCCAACUCCUCCCAAAACUCCCGAGAUGUUGAGUGCCACAAGCAAAGCCAUCAAGCGCAAACCCGUCUCAACGCCGCCCCCAACCAACAACAACCCCACCAGCACUCUCGACCUCAUCAAAAUGGUCGACAACGGCUAUCCCCUGCUGGAGCGCGGCAUCCAGCAGCGCUUCUCCUCGGCCCCCGCCUACCAAGCGCGCUUCGUCAACGACGUCGAGGCCAAGUUCGCCAAGGCGGAGAAGGUGAAGCAGCUGAAGCAGUUGCGCCGCGAGACGAAGAAGACGUAUUCGAUGCAGAAGCGCGAGUUCUUGACGGAGCAGGAGCGGAAGAAGGUGGAGGAGUUGGACAGGCUGGAUGAGCAGUUGAGGAAGUUGAUGUGUAUUUGAGAGAACAAGGAUGGGAAUGUAGGAAGAGAAGUGUACAUUAGGUGCGGGAAAGAUCAUUGAAGGAGUUUUUGGAUGGCGGCAAAUCUGGUUUUGUAUUUGGAGGCAGUUUGCUCAGGCUUGAAAG